GCCUUGAUUGCAGAGUCAACUGAACGGUUGAGGCGAAAAGUAGAAAGUUCCUCUCAGUGAUCACAGUGUUCCCUUUGGGGAAAGCAUCUUUUGUAACCCUGGAUUAUCAUUCUGUUAGGACGGCCUCUCCAACACCAUCAUCAGAGAUGAGUGGGCUGAGUAAGAGCGCCAGUUUCCACCGCGUCAAGACCUUCGAGCUGCCGCGCCUGGAGCUCGACCGCCAGUUCUCCAACGUAAAGCUGCUGGCGGAGGGCUGGUAUGCCAAGGUGUACUCGGCGCUGCACCACGACUCCGACAGCAACGUCGUGCUGAAGUGCGUCCAGAAGGAGACGACUAAAAAGAAGGACUUCUUCAGGGAGCUCCACUACAAUUACUACCUCAGUCCUCAUCCCAACAUCGUGAACAGCUUCGACGUGGCCUUUGACACGAGUAACUCCUUCGUGUUCGCACAGGAGCUGGCGCCCUAUGGGGACCUGUCGCAGUUCGUGCGGAAGGGCGGCCUCGGGGAGGUCCGAGCCAAGAGGGUGGCGGAGCAGAUUGCCUUCGCCCUGGAGUUCGUGCACAGCAAGGACCUCGUGCAUCGCGACAUCCGCCUCGAAAACAUCUUCGUCUUCGACAGUGACCUCACGCGCGUCAAGCUGGGUGACUUCGGCAGCACUCAGCGCGUGGGCGCCCUGGUCAAGAAGGUGAACGUGCGCGUGCCAUGGGCUCCCCCCGAGGUAUGUCAGGCCGUAUACAACGAGGGGUACCACGCCGAAACGCCCCUCGACGCCUGGCAGAUGGGCAUCUUAAUCUUUGUGUGCCUGACGGGUUCCUACCCCUGGUACUCCGCCGACAUCACGGACCGACACUACAACUCAUGGGUGGCGUGGCUCAAACGCAAGACUACUAAGGUCCCGCGACGCUUCAAGUGCUUCACGCCACGGCUCCUCCGCCUGCUGCGCCGCCUGCUGGAGCCGAAGCCUGAGAAGCGCGCGGGCGUCAGAGAGGUCUACAAAUACGUCUCGGACCCUUGGUUGAUCAAGGGCAUGGACCCCGUUGACAUCGCCUUCGACGAGAGCUCCUCCGAGAUCUUCGUAACGAGCACGAAGCCCAUGUACGAGUGCGCCGAGAAGAAGAAGUUGGUGGAGCUCCUGCGCUCGUACGGGAUCCAGACGACGGUGGACAAGAGAGAGACCACCAAGAGAAUCUGCGAGUGGCUGCUCACCUCGUCCUCGUCCGCGCAAAGAGGCAUGUAACCUGAACCGCCAAGUGUCGCUUUUCACGUCUGCUCAACGUUACUUUUAGACCUCAGCCUCCCUCAUCCAUCCCCUCUUUUCGUAGAAAAAGGAGGCGAACGUCCCUCAGUUUCCCCAUGCCUCUCCUUGUUAUCCUCCUCCCCUUCCCUUCUCCCCCUACCUCUAUGCCUGUCGCCGAUCGCCGAGAGGUGUUCGUCAGGCAAUACGGUUAUGUCUGUGAUACAGCCUGCCUCAGUGCGCUCCAGGACGUCAACUUGAAAACCUGAAUCUGAAAGAAAGGAAAGAAAUAUGUCACUGUAAAAACACGUAUUUCGGCAGACAAACGUUGAUUUCGGAGGUUACCAGGACAUCGUUUUUCUUUUUCUUUUUUUCCAACCCAUCCAACAAGAAGUCGAUGUCAAACUUCAGACUCUCUUUAGCUUUACGAGUCAGCAGUGACUGAGCUGUGAUCCGACGAAUGAAAACCAGAAAAUCAACAUAAGAAUAACUGAAGUUACAUAUCAAAAAAGUAUUCGUCUUAAGAUGCCACUAAUCAAAACAAGAAGCCGCGGCAGGCGAGCCCCGACGCGAGUAUCCUUUGUAUCAAAGGCAAGGUGCGUUUACCCGUGAUAAACAAACAAACAAAGUAUUUUGCUAGUUGACUGAUUUCACGUAUUUUGUAUACAUUAUUUUACAGGCUUGUUACAAAUGGCUUAGACUAGUCUUCCAGUAUAGCUGAGCUUUGUUAGUUAACCCUGUCAAACCUAGGACGGCAACACAUUCCUUGAUGAGUUGUCCGCAAGGGCAAAGGUUGCCUGAUAUGCCACUAGCAUGCAGUAAAUUAAGCCUUUAAGUCGCAGGAUUGGUGUAUCAGGCAAGGCAAAUUGGCCCUUAAUGCUGGAGGCUCAAGUAAACCAGUCCUGGGAUUUGUCCUGAAGUCUAUAAUCACAGGAUAUCUAGCCUUCCUCCUCGUAUGCCUCGCCCCGCGCCCCCCUGACUGAGAAUCACAUCCUAUCCUCUCCUUUCCAGCCGAUCCCUUUACCCCUUUCAUGUCAAUCAAAACAGCCAUUUAUAAGAUAAUAGGUUUAAGUAUAAUCCAAAUAACGAUUAUAGACUUCAGGAACUGGUCAAUGUUAUUGCAGAUGAGAUGAUUAACUUUUUUUAUGGAUUUAUAUGGGUGAAUGUAUAUACGUAUUCACCCCUGCGUGGGAAAGAUUUUGUAUAUUCUUAUUUGUUGAAGAUUGAACACAGAAAUAAUAAAAAAAAAAUAUGAUAA